UGGACUCCAAAAAAUUCGAAAAAAUUCCAAAAAAUCACAAAUUUCGUCCCCAACUCAUCUAUAAAUAGAGAGGGCUGGUUGGAGCUCAUUCCACACCUCUCACUCCCCAUUUCACCCACUUCCUCUCUCAAAUUCUUCCACCAUGGCAAACUGGAGUCCAAAUAUGCAGUCAUACUUCGACCUGCUCAACGCCGACCCCGAGCGUUCGACUACCCAUACGCCGGGUACCAAUGCUUCCGAGGAGGAGUUCGACUACUCGCCGCUCCAUCGCCGCUCGGAGACUGCUCCACCCUCGCAACCCCGAGCGCUGUUUCCUCCAGCUCCCGGGGCUUUCAUAGGUGCUCCUCCGCCGUAUCCGUACCCAUCGUAUCCCUACCCACCGUACCCGUAUCCUCCAGCUCCCGCCACUUCCAGAGUCGCUCCCCCACCGUAUCCAUAUCCUGCUCCCACGACCGAUGCUCCUCCGCCAUAUCCCUACCCUCCAUAUCCGUACCCUCCAUAUCCCUACCCUCCGCCUCCCACAUUCACGACAUCUGCUCCUCACGGUCAUGCUGGAGGUGCUGCCUCCGCUGGCUCGGAGAAUGAAGGCGGGGGUACGACCGCACCAUGUCGUCCAGCCAUUCCCAAAAAGAGGAAUGAGUGGACGCCCGCAGACGAGGAGAAACUGGUUAAUGCUUGGUUGAUGCACUCGGUCGAUUGCGUGGACGGAAACAGCAAGAGCGGCCCAACCUUUUGGGGCCAAAUAAGCGACACCUACAACGCCACCACUGACCCACUCCGACACCGCACCGCCAAGCAACUGAAGGAUCAUUGGUCCAUGUACAAUGCACGGGUCUCCUUGUUCAAUGCAAUAUACAACCAAGAAGUGUCGAAGCGGCAAAGUGGAGCCGACGACGACAUGGUGAUGGACGAAGCCAAAGCAAGGUAUGCACGAAGGGCUGGCCAUGAGUUUAAGCUUUUUCAUUGGUGGGAAGCUGUCCGUCACCAGCCGAAAUGGUCAGUGAAGCAUGGUGGUGGGCCGAAUAUAGACGUGUCGAAGAGAUCACGUCUCGGAACUUCCGGUGAGUAUAGCUCCGGCUCUCGGGAGACCGACGAGGAGGUGAACCGUCCCCCGGGUCGUGAUAGAUCGAAGGCGGCUGCGCGGAAGGGUAAGGGGAAGGUAGGCUCAAGCAGCCAUACUUCUACUGAUUCCGCAGAGAUGGGCGAAAAGUUGGAAGAUCUUUGCAAGAUCACCCACGAGUACGCUCAAGCAAAACUGUGGAAGCAGUGGAACAUACUCAGUUCACGCUCGACGGACGGUAUGACGGAUGCUCAGAAGAAGGUUCAUGACCGAGCGUUAAAACGUCUGCAACAACAGCUUCACCUCAACGACGACGACGAGUAGAUUUAUGUAAUUUUUAUAUUUUUAUGUAAUUUUCUUUAUUUUAAAUUGUCGUGUAAUUUUUAUUUCGAAUUUUUAUGUAAUUUCUAAAUUUUUAAAUUUAAUAAAGUAGUUUUGUUGUGUCAA